CAAUAUGGUCUAUUGCAUUUUCUUUCGGUGACCGGCCUACUUUUUCUAGAAAAAUCUUUUGCUGACUUCAUACCUACUUGCUGAUUAUUCAAAACUUAUUUAAAAACUGAUGCGAAAAAUUUUAUGCUAUCAGAGCUAAAUCCACCAAUAUCAAAAGGAGUAAAGAAUAUUAUCGCAGGGUAUCAAAAGAAUAUGCAGCUUACAGUAACAUGUGAUGAUGAAAUUUAUACUAUAAAUGCUAGUGAUGAGUUAGAAUUUGAGAAUUUCAAGGCUCUGCUUGAAUUUGAAAGUGGUGUUGCAACAUCAGCUAUGAAAUUAUAUAAAGAUGGUAAAUUACUACAUGGAGACAAGCAAAGUAUUGCAUCUUUAGGCAUGAAAAAUGGUGAUGUAUUAUUAUUAGUGAGAAAUCAACCUAUUCUACCAUCACAACCAAGAUCACAGCAACUGGCAAAUCAACCUUCACCUCAGCAAUCUGGAAGCACUACAGGACUGCCAACAAUCAACUGGGGAGCAAUAAGACUACCUUCAAGUAAUGCCAAACCAACUGCAAGGCCAUCGUCAGCUCAAAGUAAAACUCAGCAGGGCAGCCAACGAUCAUCUGAAGACCCAGCUAGUAUCAGGGAAUUGUUUCUUUCAAAUCCACAUCAAUUAGCUCUUUUGAAAGAAAGAAAUCCACGUCUUGCAGAUGCAUUACUUAGUGGCAACCUAGAAGAGUUUGAAAAAGUUCUUCAACAGCAGCGAAAAGAGCACAUGGAACGUAUAGCUGGCCGAGUCAAAAUGCUUUCAGGUGAUCCUUUUGACCCUGAGAUUCAACGUCAGAUAUCUGAAGAAAUUAGAAUGGAAAAUAUUAACUCAAAUAUGGAGACUGCUAUGGAAUAUCAGCCGGAAUCGUUCGGGCAGGUUUUUAUGUUGUACAUAAAUUGCUCUGUGAAUGGCCAUCCCGUUAAAGCGUUUGUGGACUCAGGUGCCCAAAUGACAAUAAUGAGUUCAAAAUGUGCUGAUAGAUGUGGUGUCAGGAGGUUGAUUGAUCACCGUUGGGCUGGUACAGCCAUUGGUGUUGGAACACAGAAGAUACUUGGCCGUAUUCACAUGUGCCAGAUGCAGAUCGAGAAGGACUUUUUACCUACGUCAUUUUCUGUGUUAGAAGAUCAGCAAAUGGAUAUUUUGCUUGGUUUGGACAUGUUAAAAAGACACCAGUGCUGCAUCGAUUUGAAGCGCAACAUCCUUCAUAUCGGUACCACUGGAACCGAAACACCCUUCCUUGCUGAAGCGGAUUUGCCAGCCACUGCACGAUUGAAUCAACAUGACAGCUUGCCUGGGGAAAAACAGCCAGAUCAACCAAUGCAGGAAGAAGAGGACCGAAUGCUGGCUGAAGCUAUAGCAAGAUCUGCAGAGGAGGCUGGAAAAGAUAAAUCUUAAGAUAAGCUAGUCAAGUACUUGGCAGUGUUAUAUUUUUACCAGUAUUGUCUGUUAAAUUCAUAUUGAAAGUGCUCCAUGUUAUUUGAAAUGAUGCAGUUAAUUUGGUUUUUGUAUCCCAUAGUAACAGUACCACUUUCAAUCUAUUGUAAAAUUUGAAGACAGUUUGUACUUAAAAGUUUUUCAACGAAAUAACUGUGUUUGCUUUGAGAAACGUUCUCCGUAUCAGGCUUGUUAAUCAGGCCUAUUGCUUUUUGCUCAUGUAUUUCAUGAUCAUGGUUAAUUGAGCAGAGCUGCGGUUUUAGAGAGCUGGCUUUAGAAGUUCAAUGAUUCAACUCUACCCCUAAUAACUUUGAGUUCUUUCGUCAAGUCAGAAGAUGAUUCUUUUUCUAAAUAUCACUUGGUGCAUGAAGUAUUUCUCUUUAAUGAAAUUUUCGAAUUCUGUCUGUUUAAUGCAUUCGAUUAACUGUUUGAACUUCGUACAGUGUUACCAGAUUUAGCACAAUAUUAUGCUUUAAGCAUGAUUUUGGCCAGAACUUGUCCUUUAACAUGAAAUAUGGCAUAGUUUGAAAUCUAGCAUCAUUCUAGCAUAAUUUUAAUAUUUGUUAAGAAAGUCAGGAGGGAGUCCAAUAGUUGAAUGGUUACAAUCUAAGUUGGCAAUUAUGUAAGUAAAGAAUAUGGGGCACUUUAAUUUUACAAAUCUAGAAUUACAUAUACGCAUAGCGUAAAAAUAACGAGGCAAGCUAGCGAUUUCCUGUACAAAUGUAUAAAUUUGGAUAGCCAGAUUGUAGAAUAAAUAACCACCUGUUUUACUGUCUUCAGAAAACUGUCUCAGUUUAUAUCUUCUUGUCCUGAUUUGUUUCUUUGAACUUUCUCUCUUUUCUAUGAAUUACAAAAAUUCUUUUGCCGAACAUAUACGAAAUAUGGUAGAUGAUAAAGGAAACGUGCCCCCUGCCCUCAAGCAACAACGUCCCUAGAUUUAUCUUGCUUUCUUAGUCGUUUUUAUCCCUUUGUGAAGUCACAGUUUAAUAUUCCAUUUUCAAACACAUUUUGGCUACUCUUUUUAAUUUGCGCAUGCGCUAUCCACUUUUUCAAACAGGAUGAUUCUAAAUUUAGCAUUAUUUUUGUAAAUUUCAAAUGUGUAAUUCAAAAAACGCAAUUUUGUCACACUAAAUUUGUACUCUACUCUUCUUACACGGGAGAAGGAACAGUUGAAUGAAUGCAGAAAAUGUACAUGCUAGGUAUUGGUAAUCUAAAUGAUGAUUAAAUGAAAUUUAAUCAGAGUUAAUUUCACGAGGGGCUUUUGAGCAUUAACUAGAUCGCUUGAGAUUAUUGUUAUUACUUAUUCGUUAUGUUUUCUUGUGCCAUGCUUCCUCGCGUUUUUUCCUUGUACCUGCUCUACUAG